CGUCCGUCGACUGCUGUUAACGUCAAGGGUUGUAUACGCGUGUACGUAUUAUAUCGUUAUUGUUAUCCCGUCUGUUGUGUGUUUUUUUUUCUCUGACUUUUCUCUUUUGUACGUCUAAACGAAAACGAUGAAGUACGCGAUCGUGGUGUUAGGAGUCACGGCGGUGUUGGUUAGCGCAGCGGCCGAGGACGAAAAUAAGGCGGCGGGGAAGGGCAAACAUAAGCGCGGAAUCUGGGGCUUAGGAUACGGCGGUGGCGGCUACGACGAGGGCCUGGGCUACGGUACACUGGGCGGAUACGGGCUGGGCAGCUCGAUCGGGGCGAGUUACGCGCCGCGCCACUAUCCCGCGCACAACCACUACCCCACGCACAUCCACACGGCCACGACCAUCACGAAGAGCGUGCCGGUGCCGCAGCCGUACCCGGUGACCGUCGAGAAACACGUACCGUACCCGGUAGCCGCCCCGUACCCGGUCGAGGUGCCCAGACCGUACCCGGUGGCCGUACCCAAACCGUACCCGGUGGCCGUCGAGAAGCCGUAUCCUGUGCACGUGGACAGGCCGUACCCGGUGCCCGUGCCCGUGGUCAAGCACGUCGGCGUCGCCGUGCCGCACCCGUACCCGGUCGAGGUCCACCGACCGUUUCCCGCGCUGCCGUUGCCCUUCCACAGGCCUCUGUACUCCGACCACGACCUGUGGUGAACGGGCCUUCGCUCACCGCCCUCACGCCAACCGUUGUAUAUACGCGUUUUAAAUAUAAUGUCAAACACACGUCGCAGAAACGGCCACUAUGCCACGCACGCUACCGGACCAUACGAAUAGUUUCGAAUCAUUAACAUUGAAAUAUGUAAUACGGCUCACAAACUUCUACGGACUGUCAAAACCGAACGGGACCAUUCGACGACGACUACUUAUUCCUUCUUCGUUUGCAAAUUUUCAUCUCGAGGGAACUGAAUGCUGUUACCUAAAGGGAAAAAAAUAUUAAAACACGUGUUUGCAAUAGUGUAUUGUUUAAUUUUUUUUUUAACCGAAAUAUUGUCACGAAUCUAUGUAAUAUUAUAAUGUUCAAGAACACUGCACAGGAUUACAAACAGAAACAUAUUAUUAUGACGAGCGUUAUUUUGAAAUGUCAAACCACCGACUUUGUUGUAUAAUAUAUUAUAAUUAUUGUUUGAGAGAAUUUUUCUUAUCCGUAAUGUUUUAUUUUUAUUUGUUACAUUAAUUUAUUGUUUACACGAACUAAGUACAUUUUUUUCAAUAUAACACGACCACUGUGCAUUUUA